GGGCGCUCGGGCUCCGGCCCGCAGUUGGAGCGGCGAGAGCGCUCAGAGACGCGACGCGGGGCAGAGGGGAGCGAGCGGCCGGCUCCGUGUCCUCCCCCACCCCACCCAUCGCCUCGCCGCCUUCUCCUCCCCGCAGCCGGACCGGAAUUAUGUGAUCCCGGAAGUUCCGGCGCCAUUGCUGUGUGGGAUAAACAGUAAUGGCGGAGGCUGCAGCUCCCGGAACAACAGCCACAACAUCAGGAGCAGGAGCGGCAGCGGCGGCGGUGGCAGCGGCCUCCCCCACCCCUACCCCCACAGUCACCUCCCCGUCCCUGGGGGCGGGGGGCGGGGGAGGCGGCAGCGACGGCAGCGGCGGCGGCUGGACUAAACAGGUCACCUGCAGGUAUUUCAUGCAUGGGGUUUGUAAGGAAGGCGAUAACUGUCGAUACUCACAUGACCUCUCUGACAGUCCGUAUGGUGUAGUGUGCAAGUAUUUUCAGCGAGGGUACUGUAUUUACGGAGACCGCUGCAGAUAUGAACACAGCAAGCCAUUGAAACAGGAAGAAGCAACUGCUACAGAUCUAACUGCAAAGUCACCCCUUGCUGCUUCCUCAAGUCUCUCAUCAGUAGUUGGACCGAUUGUUGAAAUGAAUAUGGGCGAAGCUGAGUCAAGAAAUUCAAACUUUUCAACUGUAGGAGCGGGUUCAGAAGACUGGGUGAACGCCAUUGAGUUUGUUCCUGGGCAGCCCUACUGUGGCCGUACUGCCCCUUCCUCCACUGAAGCACCCCUGCAGGGCUCAGUGACCAAGGAAGAAUCAGAGAAGGAGCAAACUGCAGUGGAAACAAAGAAGCAGCUCUGCCCCUAUGCUGCAGUGGGAGAGUGCCGCUACGGGGAGAACUGUGUGUAUCUCCACGGAGACGCGUGCGAUAUGUGUGGGCUGCAGGUCCUCCAUCCAAUGGAUGCUGCCCAAAGAUCACAACAUAUAAAAUCUUGCAUUGAGGCCCAUGAGAAGGACAUGGAGCUCUCGUUUGCUGUGCAGCGCAGCAAGGACAUGGUGUGUGGGAUCUGCAUGGAGGUGGUCUAUGAAAAAGCCAACCCCAGCGAGCGCCGCUUCGGCAUCCUCUCCAACUGCAACCACACCUACUGUCUCAAGUGUAUUCGCAAGUGGAGGAGUGCUAAGCAAUUUGAGAGCAAGAUCAUAAAGUCCUGCCCAGAAUGCCGGAUCACAUCUAACUUUGUCAUUCCAAGUGAGUACUGGGUGGAGGAGAAAGAAGAGAAGCAGAAACUCAUUCAGAAAUACAAGGAGGCAAUGAGCAACAAGGCGUGCAGGUAUUUUGAUGAAGGACGUGGGAGCUGUCCGUUUGGAGGGAACUGUUUUUACAAGCAUGCGUACCCCGAUGGCCGUAGAGAGGAGCCACAGAGACAGAAAGUGGGAACAGCAAGCAGAUACCGGGCCCAACGCAGGAACCACUUCUGGGAGCUCAUUGAGGAAAGAGAGAACGGCAACCCCUUUGACAACGACGAAGAAGAGGUUGUCACCUUUGAGCUGGGCGAGAUGUUGCUUAUGCUUUUGGCUGCAGGUGGGGACGACGACCUGACGGACUCUGAAGACGAGUGGGACUUGUUUCACGAUGAGCUGGAAGAUUUUUAUGACUCGGAUCUAUAGCAGCUUUGCGGGGCGUGCGAACUGGUCUGCCGAGCCGCAGGCGGCAGCCGUGCCCGCGUGUCGCGGCAGUGCCGGCCCGUGGUUCUCUUCUAGGCAGGCCUCUCAACUCCAGGUGCUGUCGUAAUACUUUUUACCCAGGGCCUGUCUUCUCGAUCCCUCACCUUUCCCCAAGGAGUAUGUUGUUUUCUCUGUUUAAAAAAGUUACAAAAAUAAAUCUUAAA